AUGUUCGCAUUACUCAUUGGUCUUCUUGAUACUCCGGCGUUCCAAAAACAAGUAGUAAUUGUUGACGGCCGAGUUGCUGACGGAUGCGCGAUGUGGAUGAAGUGCAGAACUCUGCUGACUACGAUGGAUUCUGAUAAUUUCACCCAACAAUCAAUGUUCCAUUCACAAGCCACCCAAGGCGGGCAAUCAAGCAGUGAGAAAUUUGUGGAUUCUUUGAUCAAAAUGGCGAACAAGUAUAAGACAUCUGAAAACGUGCCCGAAGGUAUAAAACGAUCGCUUGUCAAAAAUUAUUCGAUAUUGAAGCCCGAAGAUAAAUUGAAUCGCAUCAAGAAAUUCCUGACAGAAAUGACCCGAGCUGAUCGAGGAUCAAAGCUAUACGAGUUCCUUCAUGCAUGGUUUUCCCUGUCCUCGGCCGUUGAAGAUUCUGAUGAGAAGGAUCAGCACUGUGUGAACAUGAUGAUUGCUUCCGUCGAGAUUGUCAUGAAACGAUCGAUUGCUGUUCCUCAUUUUUUUGGGAUGUUCAAUGAAUUCAACAUUCAGAUUAGCAAGCUGCCCAAUCAAUAUCUGAUGCAGUUGGUAGGCUUCGUCCGAAAAAUGCUUGAAGAUUCGCUGAAUUUUGAAGCUGAUACCGAAAAUUCAGAAGUCAAACCGUUUAAUCAAAGGUGGAAAGAUUAUGUGCAUUCGAUAAUCAGACGGGUUUCGGAGAUUGAUGACCUAGAAUACAAUGAAAUGAAUCUUCCUGGAGCUGAAAUAGCUCGAAAUGUUCUAUUUGAUUGGAUGCGAUACGUCAAAAAUUCGACAGCUUUUGAGCUUUUGGUGGAAAUUGCAUGCGAUUAUCAAUUUGGAAUAGAAGCAAUGCAGCAACUGUGCGAUGAAGUAAUUGUGCAUGAAAUUUGGGCUGUCAAUUCUGGACAAGAUCAGGAACUUGUGGAAAUGCAGAAUUUUGAUCGAAAAUUGAACACGUCCAAAGCUCUAUUCCUAACAGUUCAUUUGGAUAAGGAACGAUCAAAUCAGCUAUGGACGACUGUUCUGAAGGCUUGGUGGCAUAAUUCGGAUGACGAAAGAGUGUCGAACGAACUUACUGAAUGUCUUGAAGUUGCCUUCAACGUCGUCUCGCAUUCAGUACAAGCUGCAAUGCGUUUCAACUCGUUUCUUAAAAACGAGAAGUCCCUUGUUUUUUGUAGCGAUUUUGGAUUCGCUCUUGCCAUUUUACAAUGCUGUCUGGAUAGGAAUGAUUGUAUGUCUGAAAUGAAGCAAUCGAUUCAGAAGCUUUGGAGGUUCGGCGAGAUCGCUGAAGAAUGCGUGUGGAUGGCGGAGAAUGUUUCGGAUAGAUUCCUUCCGAUCGUCAGUUCGCAAAUGCAGAAUCUCGCGAAUUCGAUGGCCGAGAAUCGGACGGCUCGGCGAUUAUUGAGCAAGCCGAUGUUCGCAUUACUCAUUGGUCUUCUUGAUACUCCGGCGUACCAAAAACAAGUGGUAAUUGUUGACGGCCGAGUUGCUGACGGAUGCGCGAUGUGGAUGAAGUGCAGAACUCUGCUGACUACGAUUUGCUGUGCUCAAGACAAUAUGGAAGAGCAGCUUUCGUUGCUGUUUAAAGCAAUUGCAAUGAGAAGGGAUAUCGCGGUCUCUUUGAUCAGAUGCCUUCAACCGAUCAUCAAUACGAGACCGCAACUCAGAACUGCACUUUUUAAGAGUCUCAAGAAGGAUCUUCUCAACGAGACUACGGUGUGCUCAGCAGUUCCCAUUGUGCUCAUGCUUCUUCGAAGUGUCAGCAAACGAAAAGACGGCGGCGGCGGGCAAUUCGAUCACUCGAUGUCGCAGUCGUUUGGUAGUUUUAGUACGCAAAGUCUUGAUUUGAUGGGAUGCAAGAAGAAUAUCGAUCAGAGUGUUGGGCUCGAGCUCAUUGGAAUUGUGAAGAGUUGCCUAUUCCAACCAGUGCACACAAAAAUUGCACUUUAUGAUGGAAUUUGCGAAUUGGCGACGCAAACAUCGACAAUGCUCAAUCAAUUCCUGGAUAUGCUAAUUGCGCAUACGAAAAAUGCUCCUGCGCUUUGCCGCACAUUCUACAUUACAUCGAGCAAGGAAUCUACAAAUCUCGUCGAGCCCCUUCCACAUUUGAUUCAGACGGUUGAAUGUCUGAUGGGAGAGCUGGUGGCGUUCGAUCCGAAUUUCCAAACGGAAGGCACCGAAUUGCUACUGAAACAGGCUGUUAAUCAAAUGGAGGAAUGGGUGUUAAUGGCAACCCGAAAUGAUAUGACUGAUUUGGGAUUCGAUCGGAAUAUUGAAUGGAAUGCCCCAAAUUCGAACGCGAAAUCGAAUGUGUUGUUUGCUCAGAUGAUGCUCAGCGUUUAUGAUGUCCUUAUUGAGCACAUGUGGAGACGAGUUGAAGCAAUCGAGAAAAAAGAGGACGCUGAUAAGCUGGUAGCACUUUUGAAUCGACGAAAAGAACUGGAUAAGGCAUAUGAACCAAUGGGAAUCACAUUUAAUACCUGCUUUAUAGGUUUUGAAGGAGAAAACAAACGCGAAAUUCAAUUCAAAACACCUUUGGACACUAGCCAAACGGAAAUAUUGACAAGUGCGAAAACGCUGGCGUCGAUAAUGUCGAAAUUGUUGGCGAACAACGAUGAAAAUGCUGAUAAAACUGCUAACCAUUCAACAAUCAACGUGCGGCCAGAGAUUUUGGCAGAUGUGCAAAUGGAAUUACUGUUUUGGACAGUUUCUAGAUGCAAGGUUCUGUCGCUGGCACUUAUCAAAGAAUACCGGCCUCUUCACACAAUAGUAUCUGGAACAGAUAGUCUUUUGAGUUUGCAAAAGAGUCUUUUCGAUUUCUAUGUGAGCAUUGAUGUUCCUUCGUGGAUUGAUGACAUUCCAACAGGUGCUUUUGUCAAAACUAUGGCAAUUGAAAGCUACGCAAAUAUUCUUCAGUUUUUGAGUGUCAAAUAUAAAAUGAUGCCAAUGAGAGUUGCUGCUAUGUGGUUUGAAGAGAAAGAAGACGAGGACGAGGAAAGUCGAAAGAAGAGAUAUGAAGCUAACAUACUUAUUCUGAGACAUGCUCAUCUUCUCUCGUGCAAAUUGUUCAAACAGAUUCUGAAAGUUGAAAAUGAAGAUACGGAAGAGGAGAAACCGCCAAAAAUGGCUUUUGAGAAUCAGGGGAAGGCAAUAUUGAAGGCGGCCAAUUCGGCGUUGGCAAUGUCGAAAAAUGUGAAAGUUUGGGCAAAUAUCUUCCGGCGAGCGAUUCGAGUCCUUGAAACCGAGCAAUUUUACAAUAAUCAAAUGCUUCGAGAUUUUGUGAAAUUUGUCACAAAUUGUGCAAUGAGAUCUCAAGAUGAAAAUGAUGAAGUUUUCGAUGAGAUGAAUGCGGUCAUGGAGAAUAUUCUCGAAUUUUUGAGCGAAGAAAAUGAUGAAAUUCGAUACAGUUUCAUUACGAAAACAAGCUUGAAUGUCGCCACGGAAUUCGUUUUUGGAUUUGUCGAGAAAUCGAUGAACCACUUAAAGGAAUCGUUUCAAUUCUUGAAGCAAUUUUGCGUCAAACCGUCGAUUUUUGAGGAAAUUUGCGAGAUUCUCAUUAAAAAGUGCCUACAAAUCACAAUAUUGGUGUCGCGAAUUCUUCAAAUCUUUGUGCAAUACAAAUUAAUGCAAGAGAAAAUCACGCAAUUAUUGACAUCGUUUUUUGCGAUGCUUGGAAUGCCGGUGGAUUUGCUCGAAUCUCUUUCGAAACCUUGGGGAAAAGAAAUGAAAUCGUGGAAAUGUGUCGAUUUACUCGCCGGUCUCGUCAAAACAAAAUUGUCGCCGAUAUUGGCAAUGGUUGAUGAUCAUAUCGGAUUCUCGAAGGGAAAAGAUGAGCUGAAAAAGAGAAUCUCCGAUAAAACGCGAUUGCAACAAUCGAAACGCGAUGAGAAACUUUAUGUGAAGUUUUCCGAAGUUCGCGAGCGAAUUCAGGCGAAAAUUUUGGUUUUGUGCAAAUCGAUCGGCGAUCAACGAUUUGAUAUUCAAAUUCGGAAUAAUUCGAUUGGUUGCCGAGAUUUCCGAAUUGACAUGGACGUGAUUCGAAGCAAAAUUGGCGGCGAAGAAGUCGAACAAGGGAGCGUGAGCAAACGGAGACGGGUUGCCGAUGAUGAGCACGAGCAGACCGAGGAGCCUGAGGAAGAAGAAGAGGAACACGUGCGAGAGGAACAGCGAACUACCGCUGAGGUGAAAAUGGAAACGGAUGAUGAUGAUGAGUGUUCGAGAGGUGUCAGCCCCGUAUUUUAA